AUGAGCGCGCUCAUCGCGCAGCAGAGCACGCAGCUCGCGCAACCAAAUGCACAGGACGACGGCGACGCGCUGGCGCUCCGCUACGGCGCCGAGGUCUCGCUCCGCGGCGCGCGCGGCCUCGGCCUCUCGGUCGCGCCGGUGCGGGAGGCGGACGACGUCGUCUUCGAGGCGGCCGUCGGCGGCCUGAACCUGGGCGCCGCCGACGAGCGCUUCGUCGUCUGCAACGCCAUGGUCCGCGACGACAAGGGCCCCGUGCGCUACGGCGACGUCGUGGGCCUCCGGAGCCGGCUGGCGCGGGGCCGGUGCCUCGGCGUGCGCGACGCGGCCUUCGCCGGCGAGGACGAAGCCCCCGCCUUCCGGCGCGCGCUCGUCGGCGCGGGCGAGCGCUGGGAGGUGCUGUCCGCGGCGGACGCGGGCUCGGCGGCGGCGCGCGGCGCCGCGGCGCCGCGGCGCGGCGACGUCGUGCGGUCGGGCGACAGCGUGAACCUGCGCGCGCCGCGCGCGGGCGACGCGUACCUCAGAAGGCGCGCCGGCGCCGCUGGGGCCGACGACGCGGCAGAGCUGGGCCGGGGCGGCGCCGACGGCCCGGGCGCCGACGGCGCGUGGCGCCUCGCGGCGGCGGGCGCGCCGCACUGGUCGCGCUGGCUCGACGACCGGCCGUACCUGUCGGGGGCCUUUGGCGCGUGGGCGAGCCGCGCGGUCGAGGUCGGGGGCGCGGGCGCCGCGGACGAUUUUGAAAGGGACCUCGCCGAGGACGUGCUGUCGGCGCUGGGCGGGCGCGAGGGCGGCCGCGUGCGGCGGGCCGUGGGCGACGGGCGGCUGGCCGUCGACGACGGGAACGUCAAGCCGGAGCAGCUGCCGCUGCUGGAGCUGGCGCGGCGGUGCGUGCCGCUGGGCGACGCCUUCCUAAAGUGCCGGGCCUUUUGCCGCGGCGCGGCGCGCUACGAGCGGGGGCGCUGCGCCCACGCGGCGGCGGCGAAGCUCCGCGAGGUGCUGCGCGAGUACCUGGUAUUCGUGGCGCAGCUCGAGACCGUGGUCCGGAGCGGCAAGGGCGGGCUCGCGAGAUUGGCCGCGACGUGUAGAGAUGCGUCGGUGGCCCUGGACGCGCUCGUCGCGGCGUGCGCGGCCGUCGACGCGGCGCCGGCCGGCGGCGCGGUGGUCGACGCCCUCGCGGACGCGGCGCGAGACGCGCGCGACGCGGACGCGAAGCGCGUCCUCACGUCCCUGGCCGAGGCCGCGGCGGCGCCCUACCUCCAGGCCCUUCGGCGCUGGUGCGUCGACGGUCAGCUCGACGACCCGUACGGCGAGUUCUGCGUCGCCGAGGACGUCGACGCCGAGAAGACGGCCGUCGCGCGGGACUACAACGCGAGCUACUGGGACGAGCGCUUCACGUCCGACGCCGGGAAGGCGGCGGGCGGCGCCGUCAAAAGCCACCUCGCCAAGGUGCUCACGGCGGGGAAAUACCGCGUGGUCCUGCGCGACGCCGCGUGUUCCGGUGAAGACAAUGAGCUAGAGGCGACCUGGGCCGCCCUCACACCGGCGGACGUCGUCGAGGACGCGGCCGGGCGCCUCGCGCGCGCGAUCGACCAGGCCUACGCGGCGAGCGCGGCGGAGCUCAAGGCCGUCUUAUUCGAACGGGAGCGGGGCCUCGAGAAGCUGCGCGUGCUGAAGCGCUUCUUCCUUGCGGGGCAGGGCGACUUCCUCGCGAACUUCCUGGACCUCGCCGACGCGGAAUUAAGGAAGCCCGCGCAAAAGGCGUCGCCGACGCGGCUCGCGCAUUUAUUAGCCGUGGCGCUCGCGGCGUCGGCGCGCGGCGAGGGCGCGGUCAUCGAGGGCCUCCGGCUCGAGCCCGCGCUCGCGAGCCGCGACCUCCGCGCGCACCUCGACGCGAUCCACCGCCACGAGGGCGCGGACGACGACGACGCCGUGGUCACGGAGACGCCGUUACUGGCCGUGGACGCCUUCGUCCUGGACUGCCGCGCGCCGUGGCCCGCCGCGUUGUUGCUCUCGAGGCGGAGCGUCGUCAAGUACCAGCUGGCCUUCCGGCGCGUCUUUCGCGCCAAGCGCGUCGAAAGGCGGUUGUUGAGCUGCUGGACGGACCAGCAGGCGUCGAAGCGCUGGUGCGGCCGCGGCGCGACGCGGUCGGCGCUCGCGCCGGCGUUUUUGCUGCGGCAGCGCAUGCUGCACUUUGCGCAGUCGCUCGUGUUUUACGCCACGUCCGACGUCGUCGGCGCGCGCUGGGCGGGCCUCGAGGAGGAGCUGCGGCGCGCGCCGCACGUCGACGCCGCGCUCGCCGCGCACGACGCGUUUUUGGACGCGGUGCUGCGGGACCUGCUGCUGGCGAACCACCGCCUGCUGGGCCUCGUCGCGGAUCUGGAACGGAGCUGCGACCGCUUCUGCGACGCCGCGGACCGCUUCUCCGAGGCGGCCCUCGACGCGGCGACGGCGGCGGCGCGGCGCGCGGGCGUCGCGCCGGGCGCGCGCGCGGCGCUCGCCGAGACGACGCUCACGGCCGCGCUGCCGGCCUACGUCGACGGCGUCCGCGCGGCCGGCGCGAGCUGGCGGCGCCUCGCGGGCCAGUUCGUCGACGCGCUGCGGGCCGAGUGCCGCGUGCAGCGCGGCUCGCACCUCGCCGAUUUGCUUGCAAGGCUCCAGGACCACGAUUAG